UUUUUAAUGCAAUCAAUAUACCAAAUGGAUUAGAGGAUGCUUUAGAGAGUUUUAGCUAGACGACUUAACUCAUCAAACAAUAAACAAUGACGAGUAUGAAUGAAUAAUCAUAUAUUCCAUUCAAUGCCAAAUCAAUUAACCAAUUCAUCUUCAUCUCCUUCUAUUUCAACUAAUUCCCAUUACAAUUACCAUUUAGAAUAAUCAUGAUUCCUUGCACAAUACUCUUCCUCUAUCUUUCAUUAACCUUCACCUCCAACCUUGUCCAAUCAAAAUCCUCCCUAACAGUAACCCCAACAACCCUAUCAAAAUCCGGCGACACUGUCACACUACGGUGGUCCGGUAUCCAAUCACCCUCAGAGCUAGACUUUGUAGCAAUCUACUCACCACCCACCUCCUCCUACGACAACUUCAUCGGCUACCUCUUCCUCUCUAAAUCACCCACCUGGCAAUCCGGUUCUGGCACCCUCUCCCUCCCUCUCAUCAACCUCCGUUCCAACUACAUCUUCCGUAUCUUCCAUUGGACCCAAUCAGAAAUCAACCAUAGUCGUCAUGACCAUGACCAUAACCCCUUACCGCAAACCGGAAACCUUCUCGCCAUUUCUGAAGAGGUUUCGUUUGUUUCUGGUCAGGGACCGGAGCAGAUUCAUCUUGCUUUUGCGGAUGAAGAAGAUGCUAUGCGGGUUAUGUAUGUGACUAGGGAUCCGAAGGAAACAUAUGUGUGGUAUGGGGAGAGAAAAUGUCAGAUGGGAGGACUGGCAGUGGCGCGAGUGAAGAGGUAUGAGAGGGAGCAUAUGUGUGAUUUUCCUGCUAACGACAGUGUUGGUUGGAGGGAUCCUGGUUAUAUACAUGAUGCUUUAAUCACUGGUUUAAAGAAAGGAAGAAGAUACUACUAUAAGGUUGGAAAUAAAAAUGGAGGUUGGAGUGCAACUCAUAGCUUUGUGUCAAGGAAUAGUGAUUCAAAUGAAACAAUAGCUUUCCUUUUUGGUGACAUGGGAACAUCUACACCAUAUAAUACAUUUUUGCGUACACAAGAUGAAAGCAUAUCAACCAUGAAGUUAAUCCUCCGUGAUGUUGAAGCUCUAGGAAACAAGCCCGCUUUUGUGUCACACAUCGGAGACAUUAGUUACGCAAGUGGUUAUGCAUGGUUGUGGGAUAAUUUUUUCGCACAAAUUGAAUCGGUUGCAACCAAAGUGGCAUACCAUGUAUGCAUUGGAAAUCAUGAGUAUGAUUGGCCUUUACAGCCAUGGAAACCUAAUUGGACUGAUUAUGGAAAAGAUGGAGGCGGUGAGUGCGGUGUACCCUACAGUUUAAGGUUCAAUAUGCCUGGAAACUCUUCAGAACCUACUGGAACUAUAGCUCCAGCAACUAGAAAUCUAUAUUACUCAUUUGAUAUGGGUGUAGUACAUUUUGUUUAUAUAUCAACAGAGACCAAUUUUCUUCUUGGGAGCAACCAGUAUAACUUCUUGAAGCAUGAUUUGGAAUCAGUUGACAGGAACAAGACUCCUUUUGUAGUAGUCCAAGGGCACCGACCUAUGUACACCACAAUCAACGGAACCAAGGAUGUUCUGUUAAGAGAACAGAUGUUGGAGCACUUGGAACCUCUAUUGGUGAAUAACAAUGUGUCCCUUGCCCUUUGGGGCCAUGUUCAUAGAUACGAGAGAUUUUGUCCACUGAAUAACUACACUUGUGGAAAUGGUGUGGGCCAGAGAGCAAGAGACAAAGGAUAUACCGUUCAUCUUGUGAUUGGCAUGGCAGGGCAAGACAAGCAAUCCAUCUGGAAAACAAGACCGGGUCAUCCCAAUGACUCGAUCUUUCCACAACCAAAACGGUCUUUGUAUCGUGGGGGUGAAUUUGGGUACAUUAGACUAGUGGCUACAAAGCAGAAGCUCGUGGUUUCUUAUGUUGGAAAUCAUGAUGGCGAGGUGCAUGACACAUUGGAAAUUAUGGCAUCUGGAGAAGUUUUCAAUGGUAAUAUUAAUGUCGAUAUUGGUAGUGCUAAACCUAAAGGUUUGAUUGAAGAAGCUACAUUAUCCCGGUAUGUCCAAGGAGGAAGUGUACUGGUGCUUGGGGCCUUUAUGGGUUACAUUCUCUGUUGGGUUAUACAUGCAAGGAAGAAGCCUGAGUCCAAGAGUGGUUGUACUAUCGCGAAGACUGAGAAACAUGAUUAGUUACUACUCUUUACAACUUUUUUUAUAGGAGGUAUAGAAUUAAGUAUCACUCAUAUUUGUUUGAUCAAAACUCUGAUAUACUUGGAGACUUUAUGUUUGAACAUAUGCAAGUUUUCUCCCUAAAAGCUUGUCGUUUAAUUAAGGCAUCCCUUGUAGUGACUUGUGUUGUUGUAUAAUAUUCAAGUUUUCUCACUA